GAGCUUGAUUUUCCCGCGGGUUGGAGCUCACAGGGCCGGCGCGCCGGCCACGGCAUGCAUGCAACAUGCAGCACAUGAUGCAGCAGCGACCGGUAUACGGUAGAGCAGCUAGUACACCGCCGGUGCACCGGCAGCGAGCCGUACCGUGCAUGCAUACCGGGUAUGGUAUACCGUACGUGAGUCUCGUUCAUUCAAGUAAGUUCUCAAGAUGUCGGGGCGUGAACAACUGGAUAAUGUCAACCCCACGAUUCAUGGAAAGCUUGAUGAAAGACACAUUCUACCAGCCGAAGAAGAUGAUGAUAUCGACGAUGCCAUCGACACAAGAGAAGUGUUUGAUUUGAUCAGAAACAUCAAUGACCCUGAGCAUCCUCUGACAUUGGAAGAGUUGAAUGUUGUGCAGCAAGCUGAAUUAGAGGUUGAUGAUCCUGGUAAUGUAGUGAAAGUGACCUUUACCCCCACCAUUCCUCAUUGCAGUAUGGCUACAUUGAUUGGACUUGCCAUUAGAGUGAAGCUUAUUAGGUCAUUGCCUUCUAGAUUUAAGGUUGACAUCAACAUCAAACCAGGAACACAUGUAUCAGAAAAUGCAGUAAACAAGCAACUUGCGGACAAAGAGCGAGUAGCUGCUGCACUGGAAAAUAAUCAUCUUCUUGAAGUCGUAAAUCAGUGUUUAACCCAAAGAGACUGAGAUGGAUGUUGUAGGCUGUGAGAGUUGCUGCUUCAACGGAGAAAAGUUGUUUUGAGACUAUUGAAUGAUUGUUAAAUGCUCUAUGGCUAUGCUGAAGUGAGCUGAUUGGAAGACAAUUGCACAGUGACUAGUGACUGCGAGCCUAUACGGAUGAUGUGGAAGACUGAUUCGUCCAAACCUGAGCUUAUGGAUAAUAGCCUUCUGGAGUAAUGAUAUGAGGUGGAGCAUGGAGUUUGUUUCUCCUUGGUCAAAGAUUUUGCAGGACUUUAAGAUCAAAGUAGAACUGAGAGUGAUUUAUAAAAACGAUGAUAGUGGUGGAAAAGAUGAGUUUCUAUGAUCCAUGAUAUUUGGUCUGGAGUCGUUUGCUUCCUUAGAAGAAUCAGCACAUUAAAAACAAAAUCCCAACUCCUAGCAGACUACUUUAAAAUUCAGACUUUCAACCAUUCUAAACCUGAGACCCGAUUACAAAUCUAAGUAUCUAACCCUAUAUUAUUGCCUUAGAUUAAGAUAUUUUAUGGCACUGCCACUUUUCAGUAGUUCAUAUUUUUAUAUUACACAGGGAAAAAAAUGGUCUCCAAAAUUCUUCAAGGCCAAAUGAGAGGGCAGUAAGGCCAAUGCAAAUGGCAUCCUGAGACAGAGCAAAGUAUGUCGGGCUACUUGGCCUUUUGUGAAAAGCAUUGAACUGGAAUUCUUAGUCUAUCGAUUAGUUUCAAUUCUAACCUAUCUGAAAGGAUGGAUGAAUUGUUUUGAAUUGAAAUUAUUUAU